AGUCGUGAUCUGGCGUGUAGGCAUCAUUCACAAGCACACAACUGCGCAGUUGACAGAGUAUGGAUCUAUAUAACAACAGAAACCAUUGAAGAUACACAGAUAAACUACUCCGUAAGUUUGUGAGAUCUGCAAUUUGAGGUAGCUGCAUUCGUUUUUGUUAAGCUCACGUGAAAUACGAGGUGAUGAUAUUAUGUCGUAGGCCUAGUCCUUGUAAAUUUAGCCAAACUAAGCAGCUGACAUUUUACCCGUGCACCAGCCGAGGUAGGCAACAGAAGGACGCCUCGGUCGUUUGACCUUUGACUGGCAGUGAAUGACAAAUCAAAGGUCGGCAUUUCUCUGAGUGCAGCUGGGGUCUCCGCGGCAUUUCCAGUCUGAGGACGUCCGCGCGCUAGAGAUGAUGACAGCGAACGCUCUGAAAGUUGGUCGAUAGCACCGGAGAUUUCAAUAACGGGGGAGGGAGAGGCAGCGGGCUCAGUGGAGCCUCGGUAUCAGCAAUCCUAGGAGGACCGAAGGCCGGCCCACUGCGCGAGGACGACUGCAGCACCAUGGACAGCUCAGGGUGGCUCAGUAAACAUCAGAGCUCUGCUGACUCCCACCUCCAUCUGGCCAGCCUUGUUACAGGCGCGGCCAAGCCAGCACAUAUGCAGACCGAACGACAGACUGAGCCAAAAGACACAGCAUCAUGCACAGAGACAGACCCGGAGACAGGUUGACUGUCAGGUCGCAGAUGAGCAGAGGUCCUCCAUCUCCAGAUAUGGACGCCAACUAUGGCGGAGGCCUGCUGGACAUGGUGAAGGGCGGUGCCGGCAAGUUCUUCAGCAACUUCAAGGACAACCUGAAGGACACUCUCAAGGACACCUCUACUAAAGUCAUGCACCAGGUGGCCACGUACACAAAAGGAGAGCUGGACAUUGCCUACAUCACAUCACGAAUCAUAGUGAUGUCCUAUCCUGCGGAGACCUUGCAGAUUGGCAACCAGAACCAUGUGGAGGACAUCCGCUCCUUCCUGGAUUCGAGGCACGCUGACCACUACACCGUCUUCAACCUGUCACAGCGCAACUACCGCGGUGCCAAGUUCUCCAACCGGGUUUCAGAGUGUAACUGGCCGUCCCGGCAGGCUCCCAGCCUACAUAACCUGUUUGCUGUGUGUAAGAACAUGCACAACUGGCUCAAACAGAACCCCAAGAAUGUGUGUGUCAUCACCUGCUCGGACGGCCGCGCCGCCUCAGGUGUGCUGGUCUGUGCCAUGUUCUGCUUCUGCCACCUCUUCACCGAUCCUGUGCCCGCCAUGCAGCUGCUUAGCGCCAAGAGACCCGGCUCAGGCCUCUGGCCCUCGCACAGGAGGUACAUAGGCUAUGUGUGCAACAUGGUGUCAGAGAAGCCCUCCCUGCCCCACUCCAAGCCGCUCGUGGUCAAGGCCGUCACCAUGAGUCCCGUACCUUGCUUCAACAAACAACGCAUCGGCUGCAGACCUUUCUGUGAGGUCCUCAUAGGAGAGACGAAGAUCUUCUCUACAGCACAGGACUAUGAGAGGAUGCGAGAGCACAGGGUUCAGGAGGGGAAGGUGGUCUUUCCUCUCGGUGUCAAGGUCCAAGGUGACGUGGUCAUCUCGGUCUAUCACAUGAGGAACACCAUCGGAGGACGACUGCAAGCCAAGGUGUCUAACACCCAGAUAUUCCAGAUCCAGUUCCACACAGGCUUCAUCGCUCCGGGCACCACAGUGUUAAAGUUUACAAAGCCCGAGCUCGAUGCCUGUGACUCCCCAGAGAAGUACCCCCAGCUGUUCCAUGUGUUGGUGGACAUUGAGGUGGAGAGUACAGACAAGCAGAAGGACCUGACCCCGCCCUGGGAGCAGUUCCCGAAUAAAGACCUCAUCCCCAACGUACUGUUCUCCUGUCACCAAGAGCACCAGGACGCACUUGCCAUCGCAGAUGAGAUGGAGGGACUGGAUUUGGAGGAGCCCAGCCGUUCCCAGGGCGGACCGGAAGGCCGUCCUCACGGGGAGGAGAGUGAGCCUUCUGAUGAGGAGAUGCUGUCUCUGUCCAGCCAGCAGAGCAACGCUAGUGUGGAGAAACCCGGAGGGGCCCAGCCUGGCUCCAGGGGCCCCAAACGACCAGAGCCGCCCCAGGCCCCUGUGGCUGCACCUCCACCCCCAGAAGAGGUGGACCUCCUUGGCCUGGAUGGGGCUUCUGUGAACCCUCCGUGUCCCACUGCCCCGCUCCCCACCACCACAGACCUGUUGGGGGAUCUGUUCGGGGCCUCUCCCCAAACAGGUAGCGGGCCUACUUCGGCCCAGUCCACCCCCCAGAAAAUACCCCCUCCCUCCACGUCCUCCUGUCCUUCUCCAGCGUUCGACCCGUUUGGGGCUGGUCCGAUGCCCAAGCCACAGGAGCUGAUGGGUUCCUUCCUGGCUCCAGCAGGUAACCUCGGUAACCUGGGGCAGCCUGCCCCCCUCCUGCAUGCAGCUCGUUCGCCAUCCCCCACUAUGCAGAACACUGGCAUGGGCCGGAGCUCCCCAGUCCCGCCCACCCCCCCUGUGGUGACCAUUCAGCAGCCUCCCAAUGCUAUGGGAGGCUGGGACUGGAAGAAACCAGCAGCUCCAGGAGGGGGUUUCGGUAUGGGCAGUAAGUCAGCCAGUACCAGUCCUACCGGGUCAGUCCACAGCACCCCCACACACCAGGUCAAACCAAAUACCCUGGACCCCUUUGCCGACAUUGGAAACCUGGGUGGCAGUCUGGGAGGAGGACCUUGCUUCUCCAGUAAGCCCACCACCCCUACAGGCACCACCCCUGCCUUCCCCCCCAUGGGUUCCCCGUCACGGCCGCCUCCAUCGCCCCAGCAUGGCGGAGGGUGGCAGGCCAAUACAGGAUUCCCCUCCUGGCAGCCUGGUGGCAGUGGUGGACAGGCCGGUUGGCAGCCCCAAGCCCAGGGUGGCCCAGCCCCACAGCCCAAGCCCAGCCCCAGCCACUCCAUACCCCACACCUCACCGUCCAACAGACCCAACUACAAUGUCAGCUUCUCCGCCAUGGGAGGAGGUGCUGCUCCCAAUGCAGCGGGGAAACCACAGCCCAACAUGGGUUCCAAGCCCAAAGUGGCAACGGCUAACUUUGAUGACCUGCUGUCUGGUCAAGGCUUUGCUGGAGCCAAAAAGAAAGAAGGUCCCAGGACAAUAGCAGAGAUGAGGAAGGAAGAGAUGGCUAAAGAGAUGGACCCUGAGAAACUCAAGAUUCUGGACUGGAUCGAGGGGAAAGAGCGUAACAUCCGGGCCCUGCUGUCCACCAUGCACACAGUGCUGUGGGAAGGAGAGACCCGCUGGAAGCCAGUGGGCAUGGCUGACCUGGUGACCCCAGAGCAGGUCAAGAAGGUCUACCGUAAAGCUGUGUUAGUUGUUCAUCCAGAUAAGGCCACGGGACAGCCCUAUGAACAAUACGCCAAGAUGAUUUUUAUGGAACUGAAUGAUGCCUGGUCAGAAUUUGAUAGCCAAGGACAAAAAGCACUCUACUGAGCCAAGAGAGUUCCUGCUCACCUUCCGUGACCCACCUUGUGAUCCAUAAUCCAGCCCCAUCAGGUCUGUGGUUCCCCCCUCCUUCUCUCUUCCGUUCCGUGGACUCCGUAGAGACUUCAGUAGCCAGACUAACAGUGUAACCGUGUUAGGAAAACAGAUGCCUACAGCAAGCAUCUGCUGGUGGGACUGUCCGACAAAAACUGGUCAAGCUUAUCCCACAUGUCCUAGCAGAGUCCUGAACCAACCUGAACACAGCAUCCUCCAGCUGUCUGCGGACGUCAGCAGAAAUGAAGACACCAGACAGAUUAUAGGACUUACCUGUAGUUCCAGUGUUGUUAGCCAGGUGGUAUGUUGUAGCCAGGAUGUAUACAGGACUUUAUGAAAAGGGGUCGCCAAGGAUGAAGACAAUGUUCUACACACUGUCACCUGUUUGAUUUGGAACAAAACCUCUGGGCUGGGAUUCCUUUAAAUCUGCCAUAGCAAUGUUUACACCAUGUCUUCAUUUACAAUAUUCAUCAACUAAGCAUACAUAACAUUCACAUAACAUGUAUAUCCACUAUUACAUUCACACCGCAAUAGGAAUCACUAGCUGAGAUAGGGUCUGGUUGACAUUUUUCCUCGGCAGCUUUAAGGGUAAAGCAAAUAUCAUAAUAGACGGUAACCUAAGCGUGAGAUUGCAAAGUUUUGAGCUGGAUCAAAUGUGCUUCCGCAGGACUCCAGCUGAGAGCUACCCAGAUAAUUAUCAAGGGUGACUCAUACACCAAGGCCUACAGGUUUUUGUCACAUAAAAGUGACUCAGUGUUUUUUUUUUUAACUGGUUGGUUCAUGUGUUUAUUUAUCCUCAGUCUUAAAAAAUGUGUACAUGUCUUUUGUUGUCUAAAGACUGAUUCCAGCCUUCAGUCACCCUAAAGGUACUCACUGUCCUCUAAGGAACCAUGGAAUGUAAAGGAUAUUGCAAAAUGAUCCCAUAUCACACUACUGUACUUAUGUAGGAACUAAACAGUUGCUGCUAAUGUUUCAUUAAGCCUAUCAACAUAAUUUGUAGUGUACUACAUUUUAAUAAUGUUAAUUUAUUGACCUUUACUGUCAGAUGUUUGAAUCUUUCUCUGAUGCUUUUUGUUUUCUCUCCCAAAGAUGUUUUUAUUUUUAUUUCUGCAGAUUUUUUGUUGUAGGUUACAGUAUUGUGCUAUCUCUGUCUCCAGCUGAAUAAUUUUCUAUUGAAUAAUAAGAAAUUCAUGUUUUUUCCAGAUGGGUGUUUCAAAACCGCCCAUUAAGUGAAGUGGGGCUUUGCGUUCACAUUUGUUGGAAGCUCAUCUUUUCUGCAUGCACUGACUGGGACCACUAAUGAAAGAACUUGGAAACUUAUCUUGGCGAACAUGGUGUAAUUUCAUAAAACAUGCUCAUGAUUCUGGAGUUUGUUAAACCGCUAUCCAGACCAUAACAUGGACUCCUCAACUUUCCUACCCCAGUAUGACCUCAUGUGACCUUUGUUACCACUAUUGAAGGAUUUCAUAAAAACACACGGUACAAUGCCUUGUACAACUAUGUCUUAACAUACUAAAAAUUGCAUAUCAAUGUUUAGGUUGGUUCUCUUUAUCUUUGUGGACCAUUUACAUAAAAGAGAGCGAGAGAAACUGCACAGAUAUUUAAUAUGAUACAAACAUCCCCCAGUUUCUGUUGCACCUCUUGCAUACUGACAUUGUCAACCAUUUCCUGGAUUGCUGCUUUAUCUGGUGACUAUACCAAUGGCAGGAGCUGUGGCUGUGUAGUAUGCACCGUAUGUAUGUACACUGAGGUUAGUUUGUGUGUGGGUGUGUGUGGGUGCGUCAGAGAUAUUCCCUAUAUGCUCCCUAUAACCCAUAUAGGCCCCUCGCUGACUGAAAUCUCUGUCAAUCUGCAAUCUUAAGGCAAUGUUAAAACGCUAACCUCUAUACACAUAGUGGAUGUGUGUUGUUAGAACUGUUGUACGUACGUGAGGAUGUGAUACAAUUUGGAUACAACUACCGUAUGUGUUUGCUUGUCUGCUGUAAAGGUAUUACUGCUAAUAGCGUACACUUCUGUUACUGUGUUGUUCUUCUGGGUUCUGUUCACCCCAACAGGAUGUACAUAGUGAUGAAGUGCAAUGCACAAAUAAAUAGAGAAAAAAAAGACUGAGAAACAACAAACUAA